UUCCCUUCCAUUUUUUAAAAGUAACUCUAAGCCCCAAGAUAACGAACUGAUAGACAUCAAAUUCGAGUCUUAAUAAUGGUUACCCAAAACACAGACACGCCGACGAACAGAAAUUACAUUUUGAGUGGAAUAUGGAAUUAUUUUUGUAAAUACUUAAACUGUAUCAAUGAAAAGACAGACGAAGAUCCUGGUCAUUUUCUUCUCACCAAAGCAGGAAAUUCUCUUAUCGACCGGAAAGGCCUCGAAAGGCAUCGUUUCAGUUUUAUCGAAGAUUAUUACAACACCAUUCUUGAAAUGCGAUGGCAUUGGGCUAUUCUAGUCUUCCUCUCCUCUCAUGCUAUCACUUUUACUGCAUUUGCUGUGAUUUGGUGGCUGAACUCCUACAUACACGGCGACUUCAACUCGCACAAUUCUAAUUCGAAACCUUGCCUCCCAGACCUGGAAACGUUUGCAGAUUUUUUCUUGUUUUCUGUUGAAACUCAAACCACAAUUGGCUACGGGUUCGUGUACCCCAGCACUGAUUGUGUUAGUACGAUUCCAACGCUCUUCUUUCAAGUCCUCAUUGGUUUUAUUCUCGAAGCGAUCUCCUUGGGGUUUGUAUUCGCCAAGAUGGUUCGUCCAAAGAACCGUUCAAACACGGUGAUGUUCAGCUACAAAGCGUGUUUGUGUUACGAGAACGGGCAUCCAGUGUUACAAAUUCAGGUGGCCGAUCUUCGACAUACCCACCUCAUCAAUGCUAAAGUUGGUGGCAUGCUGGUCGCCGAGUACGUGACGCUCGAGGGUUUCGUUCAUCCUCUCUAUCAAGUCAAAGUGGACUUUGAAAUAAACAACGUUGGCAGUAACGUGUUUUUAAUGUGGCCGGUUAUUUUGACGCACUAUAUAACGGAUGCCAGCCCUUUCUUCUGUCUUAACCUGGACGAUCUGCUCGUCAAGAAAAUCGAACUUAUUGUAUGGAUUAACGGCGUGAUCGAGUCGACCGGAGAAAUGUGUCAAGUGAAGACGUCCUACAUUGCUGAAGAGAUUGUCUGGGGAUACAGAUUUGCUCAUGCCAACCAGUUUGAUCAGAAAAACGGUCACUGGAAUGUAGAUUUCACACGUUUCGGAGAAUUGGUUCCCUGUCCGAUGUCUGUUUCUAGUAAUUUCUCCGAUGGUUAUCUGACGAUGACUGGUAUAUCCUCAGAGACGAAAGAAGAAGCAGAAGUGGUGCAGACGGUUGCUGAUAUACACUGAGGAUCUCGUUGAUUUGUAAUAACCAAAACUGCCGCCUCAGUUGAAUGAACAUCUAUGAUUUGAAGAUUCAGGCAAUUUGAAUGCCUUGGACAAUUCCAAGUUUCAAUUUUUAAUAUUUGUAAAAAUGUUAAAUGAUUCUUUUUGUUUUUAUAUUUAAACGCACAGAUUGUGGUUUAAAGAGAUUUGAUAUAUACAUUUAAUGUUCAGCUUCAUUAACAUUUUAUACGAGUGUUGAGGGAACGACAGCAUUUCUGGUGGUUACCUCCCCUCCAUUCCUUGUAAAAACUAUCACUUUGCAGUCGUGAUUUAAGGAAGCCUCUACAGUUUUGGUGCCCUAUAUUAGUGUUUAUUAUAUAUAAUACUGCAGGGCAGUGAGUUGAUAGAAUUUUUAGAGUAUUAGAAAAAACAACUUUCCGUAUUUCUUCUGACUUUUGAUAUUCUAAUGCGAAAUCCCAUAGGGAUCAGCUUUGACUUUCAUCCCUUUAGGGUCAAUAAGAUUGCUCACCAGUCAAAUGCUGGUAUUGAUGAUACAUUUAUUAACUCUCUCCCCUCAUAACUACUGGCCUUGUUUCUAAAUCAGAAGCGAUUAUAUCUAUCUAUCUAUAUACACACAUACAUAGGUACAUACCUACCUACACGCACAUAUAUGCCAAGGCUACUAGCAUUUCAAAGAGUAGUUUUGCCUUAGUUAUCGUUUCAUUUGGUUCAUUUGAAAGUUAAUAAAUACAUACCAACCUUGUACUGGAGUCAAUAUGAUUUACAAACUUGAUUCCAUUUUUAACUACUGGCCAACUACUUCAUUCUUACACCAUUUUAAUAAAUUUUGAAAAGAAUUUUCAUUUUGUGUAUAGCCUCACACAUACUUUCUUUUUUUUUCCCUCUCUCUUUACAAUGUUUAAAACAAAUGUAGAUAUUUUUUAUAUCUUAAUAUGCUUGCUAGGAUAGUAGAUUGGCAGAACUGUUAGAACGCAGGACAAAAUUCUGUUUAGUUACAGUAAUACAUGUUCUGAGUUCAAAUCCUGCUAAAGUCAACUUUGCCUUUCAUUCUCUUGGAGUUGGUAAAAUGAAGUACUAUUGAAAUACAGGGGUUGCUAAACUUGACUAUAUUGUCCUCAAAAUUUGAGGCCUUACAUCCUUAUCAUUCAAUGUCUGUUUUACCAUGCUGGCAUGGAUUGGAAGGUUUGAUGAGCUAGAGGGCUGCACUGAGCUUCAAUGUGUACUUUGGUAUGGUUUCUACAACUGGAUGCUUUUCCUAACACCAAGUACUCACAAGACAAGACCCUUCAAAUGAGUGGAGUAUAGUAUUGAGGGAUGGGAGAAUAUUAGAGGGAAAGUGAUCAAGGUAUAAGCAUCUAUGUAAGAAAUCAAUAUUUGGAUGAUGGCAGGAGGCACUAUAUAGCAGAAUUGGAAGAGCAUUACAUAAGCACCUUAGGUUAUUUACAGUUCUAUAUUUAAGAGAUGAGGAAUUAUGUACAUUAUUUACAAUUGACGGAUAUUUGUCUUCAUCUUGUUUGUUGUUAACACAACGU